CGAGCCGAGGGCGCGGCGGCAGCAGCGAGUGCCCGAGCGCUGCGGGGCUGAGCUCACGGGCACGGGCCCAGCGCCGCCGCAGCCCGCUGGCAGACGCGCCGCGUCCCCGCCAGAGGAAGGAGCGAGGCCGUUCCCUGCGCAUCCCCGCAGCAUCAUGACUCUCCAGGCUGACUUUGAUGGUGCUGCAGAAGAUGUAAAAAAAUUAAAAACAAGACCAACUGAUGAAGAACUGAAGGAACUAUAUGGAUUCUACAAACAGGCUACUGUUGGAGAUAUUAAUAUUGAAUGUCCAGGAAUGCUAGAUUUGAAAGGCAAAGCCAAAUGGGAGGCAUGGAACCUGAAAAAAGGUUUAUCAAAGGAGGAUGCCAUGAAUGCCUAUAUCUCUAAAGCAAGAGCAAUGGUAGAAAAAUAUGGGAUCUAGAAUAUUCAAAAUAAUUCCCACUAAUAGUUAACUCUUCAGUAGCUAAUGAACUAACUCUGUUGAGAAAAAUGCAAUACUAACUCCUCAGUGAGGUCUGACACUAAUAUCUUCUAAGCAUAAGCUGUUUGACUGUAAAGGGUAUUUACAUAUAUAAUCUAUUUCUAGCUUGUAUAUGAAUCUAAAUAAAUUUGAACAGAAUAAAUGAA